GCGGCGGCCCCGGGCGGCCGAGGCUCGGGCGGGGCGGCGGGUGAGGCUGGCAGGCGGCCUCGGCAGCGCGGGGAGAGCGGCGCCGCGGGGUGGGCGCUCCCGGCGAGAGGAGUCCGCUCCAUGCUUGCGGGCCGAGCCCGGCCCCUGCGAGCCGCAGACAUGAAGAAAGACGUGCGGAUCCUGCUGGUGGGAGAACCUAGAGUUGGGAAGACAUCACUGAUUAUGUCUCUGGUUAGUGAAGAAUUCCCAGAAGAGGUUCCUCCCCGGGCAGAAGAAAUCACCAUUCCAGCUGAUGUCACCCCCGAGAGAGUUCCGACACACAUUGUAGAUUACUCAGAAGCAGAACAGAGUGAUGAACAACUUCAUCAAGAAAUAUCACAGGCUAAUGUCAUCUGCAUAGUUUAUGCUGUUAACAACAAGCAUUCUAUUGAUAAGGUAACAAGUCGAUGGAUUCCUCUCAUAAAUGAAAGAACAGACAAAGACAGCAGGCUGCCUUUAAUAUUGGUUGGGAACAAAUCUGAUCUGGUGGACUAUAGUAGUAUGGAGACCAUUCUUCCUAUUAUGAACCAGUACACAGAAAUAGAAACCUGUGUGGAGUGUUCAGCAAAAAAUCUGAAGAACAUAUCAGAGCUCUUUUAUUAUGCACAGAAAGCUGUUCUUCAUCCUACAGGGCCCUUGUACUGCCCAGAGGAGAAAGAGAUGAAACCAGCCUGUAUAAAAGCCCUUACUCGUAUAUUUAAAAUAUCUGAUCAAGAUAAUGAUGGUACUCUCAAUGAUGCUGAACUCAACUUCUUUCAGAGAAUUUGUUUCAACACUCCAUUAGCUCCUCAAGCUCUGGAAGAUGUCAAGAAUGUAGUCAGGAAACACAUAAGUGAUGGUGUGGCUGAUAGUGGAUUGACACUAAAAGGUUUUCUUUUUUUACACACACUUUUUAUCCAGAGAGGGAGACAUGAAACUACUUGGACUGUGCUUCGACGAUUUGGUUAUGAUGAUGAUCUGGACUUGACACCUGAGUAUUUAUUCCCCUUGCUAAAAAUACCUCCUGAUUGCACUACUGAAUUAAAUCAUCAUGCAUAUUUGUUUCUCCAAAGCACCUUUGACAAGCAUGAUUUGGAUAGAGACUGUGCGUUGUCACCUGAUGAGCUUAAAGAUUUGUUUCAAGUUUUCCCUUACAUACCUUGGGGGCCAGAUGUGAAUAACACAGUUUGUACAAAUGAAAGAGGCUGGAUAACCUACCAGGGAUUCCUUUCCCAGUGGACGCUCACGACCUAUUUAGACGUACAGCGGUGCCUGGAGUAUUUGGGCUAUCUAGGCUAUUCAAUAUUGACUGAACAGGAGUCUCAGGCUUCAGCCAUUACAGUAACGAGAGAUAAAAAGAUAGACCUUCAGAAAAAACAGACUCAAAGAAAUGUGUUCAGAUGUAAUGUAAUUGGGAUGAAAAACUGUGGGAAAAGUGGAGUUCUUCAGGCUCUUCUUGGAAGAAACUUAUCGAGGCAGAAGAAAAUUCGUGAUGAUCAUAAAUCCUACUAUGCGAUUAACACUGUUUAUGUGUAUGGACAAGAGAAAUACUUGUUGUUGCAUGAUAUCUCAGAAUCGGAAUUUCUAACUGAGGCUGAGAUCGUUUGUGAUGUUGUGUGCCUGGUUUAUGACGUCAGUAACCCAAAAUCCUUUGAAUACUGUGCCAGGAUUUUUAAGCAACACUUUAUGGACAGCAGAAUACCUUGCCUAAUCAUAGCUGCAAAGUCAGACCUGCAUGAAGUUAAACAAGAAUAUAGUAUUUCACCUGCUGAUUUCUGCAGGAAACACAAAAUGCCUCCACCACAAGCCUUUACUUGCAAUACUGCUGAUGCACCCAGUAAAGAUAUCUUUGUUAAAUUGACAACAAUGGCCAUGUACCCAGAGGAUCAAUACAGAGACAGACUCUCCCGAGACAUGGGCAACACUGAUAGAAUAGAGAAUUUGAGAAAAAUCUGGGUCUUUCUAAAAACUGCUUUCCAUGCCCGGUUACGCUGUAUGUGCACCUGCAACAGGUGUACAUUUUGCAUCUGUCAGAACUUCCUCAACUCAGACUUGCUGCAAUCUGUAAAGAACAAAAUCUUCACUGCAGUUCUUAACAGGCACGUGACACAAGCUGACCUCAAGAGCUCCACGUUUUGGCUUCGAGCAAGUUUUGGUGCUACUGUUUUUGCAGUUUUGGGCUUUGCUAUGUACAAAGCGUUAUUGAAACAGCGAUGAUUUAAAAAAAAAUACUGGCCCUACCAAAAAACAAAUACUUUUAUGUACAUUCUGAAUGCUUUAAAUUCUGCUAGAAAUAUUGAGAUAUUUAUACAUGCAGAGUUACUUUAUUAAUAUUUGUAAUUCAUGCAUAAGAGUAUUUUAAUGAUAGUUAUAACUGCAGUAUUGGCUAGCGUAUGGAAAGAAACAGCUUAACAGCCAAACUAAAAUGGCUAAAUUUCAGAGGCCAAAAGGGAAUAUUUUGUAAAUAAUGUACAUACUGAGGCAAGAUAUGGUCUCCCAAACUGAGUUCUAGAAAAGAUGUUUCUAGACGUUUCUACAUGGUAUUGUUAGUGCUCAGUGGGCUCACUCUCCUAGGUUUAAGUCAGCUCAGAGAUUGUAUUUACUCACGGAUCACUUAUUUAUUUCACAUUCUCUCAGAAUGAUCUUUGGGUUCUUUAAGUACAUGAGGCACAGUUUGCCAUUUUCUCUGCGUUUUUAAAAACAAACAAGUCGGUGUCAGCUUACCAACACAACUUGCAGUCACUCAUGGUAGGCCAGCCGCGGAGCCGCCCUGCAGUCUAGAAAAUUGCAUAGCUGAGUGUGAGGCUCUCCUUUAAGGAAGGAGCAAGCUAAAGGCAAUCAGAGGCCUUACCAUGUGAUUAUGUUGCCUCCUUUGUCAGUAUGUUGGAUUUUAUAGCCCUUCCAACUAAAUGAGAAAAAAAGAUUUGUAUAUUAUCAAUGUUUUUAGUUGAAAUAAACAGUCACCAUUACUACUUCCCGAAGUGUAAAUCUGUGUAUAAUGGCUGUGUCUAUCAUCGUACGUUACAGCAGCUGCACGUGUCCUGAAGUGUUCUGUAUCUGGCUAGGAUAACCUAGAAGCAGCACUUUUUUUAAUGGUAAAAUAAAUCUAAUGAAUAUAAACUCUCAUGAUAAACCUAUUUUUUCCAUCAUUGACCUUUUCAAGUAUUUAAAUAAAUAACUGCUGUGUACUGUGA